AUGAACUUUGACAUAUUAGACUAUGAUGUAGGGCGUGGCGAUGACGUUGAAGCGGUGAGGGUUGGGGCAGUGGCAGUAUUUGAUGGUCAUAUUGGUUCCUCUGCUAGUAAUAUGGCUGCAAGGAUAUUUUUGGAUAAGUUUAUGCUUAACCUCAAUAACAACAGUAUUGAACAAUCUUCUGACUUGAUGGAAAUACUAAAAUCUUCUUUAGUAACAACCAUUAAUGAUAUUGAUGCUGAAUUCACCAAGGUUGCUUUCGAAUAUCAUCUUUAUGCGGGUUCUACUGCUGUUGUUUCCCUCAUAUAUAACAAUCAUGUUUUAGUUGCAAAUGUUGGUGAUUCAAAGGCUUUUCUUUGCUAUCAGAAAGAAAUAUCUCAUGAAAACGGUGAUGCUUCCUUGGGUAGUCUUCUCGCCAAGGAGUUGACGAGUGAUCAUAAUGCACAUAGGUUGGACGAGAAGGCUAGGGUUGAAGCUUCUGGAGGUGUAUUUAAAUCCAUCCUUGAUUUUGUUCCUCUUCUCAUGGGCCACUUUCCCAUGACUCGAGCUAUUGGUGAUGUUCCUUUGAAAAGCUAUGGCAUCAUAGCUGAUCCAGAGGUGACUGAUUGGCUAUCUUUAACUUCAAAAGAUGAGUUUUUGGUGGUGGCAUCUGAUGGAAUAUUUGAAAGUGUAACUCCCCAAGCAGUGUGUGAUUUUCUAAAUGAAGUAGAGGACUAUUCAAAUCCAUCAUUAUUGGCUCAUCAACUCAUUCAGAAAGCAUAUUUAGAAGGCAGCAAUGAUAAUUUAUCAGUCGUUUUGGUUCCAUUGGGAUCAAGGGACCUCUUGUAGAUG